AUGAAACUGGGUCUUACUCCUUGUACUUGGCAACUCCAGUCCGCUCACAACCAGCUUGAGAACAAAGAUGUCUUCACCAUCUCACCCACCGGCUCAGGAAAGACUCUUACCUUCUGGAUUCCCCUGUUAUUCAACAAUGGUGGAAUAACCAUUAUUAUUACCCCGCUUAAUAUCCUCAGCGAGAAGAACCGAGAUGAAGCAAAUGCUUAUGGGUUUCCCGCCCUUGAUAUAUGUGCAGAGACAGCAACAGACGAGGCGUUUAAAGACAUAGAGAAAUUGAAGUAUCGAGUUCUUGUUGUUAGCCCGGAACAUGUACUUCAAGACGCUCGAUUCAAAAAACUUUGGAAGUGUCGAACGUUUACAGAUAAUCUCUUCAGUAUCGUGUUUGACGAGGGUCAUUGUAUUAGCGAAUGGGGCAAAGACUUUCGACCGCUGUAUAGUGAGCUGGGGAAUCUUCGAUGGUACCUUCCAGCUCACGUUCGAUUUCACGCCGUGUCUGCGACCAUGCCGCCGCACAUCCUCCUAGACGUCCAAUCGAAACUUCGCAUUCGGUCAUACAACCUUGCUAAAGUUGUCCGGUCAAACGACCGUGCAAAUAUUCAUUUCAUGGUCCAGGAGAUGAAGUACCCACGAAACACGUACUACGACCUUGGCCGAAUCUUGCCACUCAAGGAGGGCACACCGCCCGAGAAGUUCAUGCUGUUCGUAAAUGCUCGAGAUCAAGCAGAAGCAGUUUGCAAUAGCUUAUGCAAAGACUUGCCUGCGCAUCUUCGCCAUAACAUCGGUGAGAUUUGGGGGAUCUGCUGUACUGAUGCAGCGGGAAUGGGCCUUGAUCUUCGAGACGUCAGAUUGGUCAUUCAAUGGGGAUAUAUAGACUCACUUUGCAUUUUGAUGCAACGCCUAGGACGCGCUGCGCGAGACCACGCCUUAACGGCACUUGCAGUGUACUUCGUGGAGCCGCUGUACUUUGAUACAUACAGUGGCAAGCGCAAACGGCCUGAACUUGAUGAGGGACAGCAUCACACGAAGAAGAAGAAGGUCACGAACGUGGACGCUGAGAGCACAGUGGUGCGCGACGAGGAGAACAGUCAAUGUAGGACUGAUGGUGGUACCCUCAAUGGGGGGGACAAUGACGGGCGAACGGACAGCGUCAGCAUGGUGGUAGAUCAGCGCAACAGACACACCAUUCCAGAGGUUGCUGGCACUUCUACUCCUAUGAGGAUCCUUCCGGUAAACGCUGAUAGUGAUGUUAUCGAACGAGCUGCUAUGGUGUCACACAUUUGCUGUGACGUGUGUAACAAGAUGGAAUUACAUUCACGGCUCUUCCCUCUGCAACAAAUCACGUCAACACGCGCCAAACCAAAGUACAAGAUCAAGCCAUACAAAAUGACCGACACCGAACGCCGGCUUCAGCAGGAGCUCAUCAAAUGGAGGGACUCGAAGAUAAUCGAGGAGAAUCUCGAUGCUGAUGACUUUUUUGGUCCCCAGAUGAUCAUGUCGAACAAGAUCCUGAACCGUAUUGUCGACCUCGCGCACUAUCACAAAAUCUUAUCAACAACUUCUCUCUUCGAGCAGACAUCAUGGUGCUACUCCUCUGAAUAUGGGCAAAGCGUCCUCGAUAUCAUUCUUACUUGCAUCCCUUUGCCCAUUGUCCAACCUCCCGCACCACCUGCUGUGAUCAUUCCACCUCCACUUGGCUUAUCGUCGUCAACAAACCAACAACCGACCGCCAGCACCUCCGCCACAAAUGGCGUCAUGUUGCCAUCGAAACGUUCACGAAAGUGUCGUGCUUGUGGUAGCACUGAUCAUAUAGGUACGCACUGCUCACUAUGUCCACUGUCUUAUCGUACUCAUUGUUCUUCGCAGCGUCCAACAAACUUUGUCCAAGAUAUAUUUCCAAGCCCCGCAAGUCAAGAUCUAAUAUAG